AUGUCCGUCGAAAUCAACCAAACACCCGAGGAGCCCAUCUCCAUCCCAUCCAACCUCGAUGGCGUCGCCUACCUCUACGGCCACCCCCUCCUCAACUCCCUCUCUCCCCCCCUCCACCAAACAGUCUACAACGCCCUUGGCCUGAAUUGGACUCAAAUCCCCCUGUCCAGCGUAACCGGCACAUCAGAGACCUACCCACCCCCCUACACAAAGUCCCCCCCAAUUGAGAAAUAUCUGGCCUCAAUCAAAUCCAAUCCCAAAUUCGUCGGCUCAUCCGUGACAAUGCCCCAUAAAGUCGCAAUCAUGCCUCACCUCGACGACUUGACCGAGCACGCCCGCCAAGCCGGCGCCUGCAACACCAUCUUCUUGCGCAAUGACCCAGCAACCGGUGAACGCCAGUACGUCGGCACCAACACCGACUGCGACGGCAUCCGCGAAGCCCUCACUCAGAACGCCCCGGAUGCCUCGCGCUUCCGCGGCCGUCCCGCUCUUAUCAUUGGUGGUGGUGGUACCGCCCGUACCGCUAUCUACGUUAUGCGCCGCUGGCUCGGCUCCAGCGCGAUCUACGUCGUCAACCGUGAUGCCGCCGAGGUCGCUGCCAUCCUGGCCGAGGACCGCGCACGUAACCCGGACCCUGCGGCUCAGGCACCCCUUAUCCCUGUCACUGACGCUGCUGAGGCUGCCCGUCUCGAGGCCCCUGCUGCUAUCGUCUCUGGUAUCCCUAACUACCCUCCCAAAUCUGCUGAGGAGUUGAACGCCCGCGCGGUCAUCCAGGCUUUCCUUGGUACUGCUGCCAACGCGGAAAAGCAGCAGGGUGUAAUCCUUGAGAUGUGCUACCACCCUAACCCCUGGACCGAGAUUGCUCAGUUGGCUUCUACUGGUGGGUGGAAGGUUAUCCUUGGCUCUGAGGCUUUGAUCUGGCAAGGUCUUGAGCAGGCCCGUCUGUGGACUGGCAAGGAUGUUAUUGGUACUCCUGGACUUGUGCAGCAAGUUAAGGAUAUUGUUAACAAGUCUAUUGCUGAGCGGUCGACUAAUAAGUCUAGUCUGUGA